AGUAAAGGGUCUAAAUCUAAUACUUCUUUUUUUCACUCGCUGCUGAGGAAAAUGGGACAACAGGAAGAAACCUACAUGAAUAGUUGGCCACCGGUGGGAGCUCCAUUGACUAUUCAAAGACAGGACCAGUGGCGACAAUUCGACAACUCCGUUAAUGCAGUCUCCUUUGGUUUCGUUGCUACCGCCAUUCUCAUCUCUAUGUUUAUAGUCAUGGCCAUCUUCGAACGCUUUCUCAGACCCAAUUCUCCUCCUCCUCAUGGUCCUGGCCAUGGUGGCGACCUUGAAUCUCAACUCGGUUUCAAUGGAAAACUCAGGAACUCAUCACCACAAAUGACGGUAUACACCAGCGGAGUUUCCGUAUUAAUGCCCGGGGACGAGAUUCCAACCUACAUUGCACACCCAGCUCCAGUCCCCUGCCCCCCGAAUCACCCGUCAUUGCCUCAGCAUUAACACUACACAUCCGGCGAUUGUGAUUCAAUCUCCUCCGGAGACAUUCAUGUAAGUCCAGUAGGUGAAAACUAAAUUUACAUUGCGUCGCCCAUGCUACCCGAAACAAGAUCAUCAUUACUCUCCAGCAGGAGGUUUUAUAAGAACAAAACAAGACUACAAAAUCAAGAUUAGAGCUGCACUUUUUCUCGAGUCUCGACCGACAUAUUUUCUGUAUAUUGAAAUAGAUUUUGGUGGACUUUCGGCUUCGGCAGUACUUAAAUCGCCUUUGCUUUCUGUUUCACUGAUCCGUAGUGAGUUAGGACUUUGAAGAUAAUUGAAAUGCCAUCAAAUGGAUCAUUUCAAAUGUAAAUAUAUGAGGCAUAUUACGUAUACUUGUUUGAGAGUAUGCGAAGCAGUUUCAUGGCAAAUUGUUGCAGAUGGAUU